CAGUGAGAAACUUGAGAGUGGAUUGGUUGGUGAGUCGGCUAUAUAUACAUUCCCUUCCCUGCAACAAUCGAGGUUGGAAUCAUGAGAUUUUUCAGAAAGAUAAUUGGAAUUUUAGGGUUUGGAAACCACGACCACGACCACGAUUCCAAGGAUGACGCCGACGACGAACACGACGCUCAACCUCGUACCACACCCUAUCGAGUCAGAGAAACCGGUCCUCGUAAAGGCUUCAGUGUCCCUGCCCAGGUUGUUGUCGAUCGCCCCCACCUCGCUCCCGUUCUCACUCCCUCUAUCUCCGGCGACGGCGGACUUCAGGGUCUGAGAUGGUAUGUAAAGCGUCUUAAGAUGGAUGAAGAUGGAGAUGUAGCAGAUGAAUUCCUUGAUGAGGUUUCGUCUGAGAUGCCUGAAGCACUUGCAGUGGAUCAUCAUAAAACAACAGCAAGGUUCAAACUGAAGAAUGAUACCAAGCCAGCCAAUGUGAAGAAACAGAUCCUAUUAGAUGGGAAAAUUAUUCCACAGUUUGCAGAAGACAAAGGCAGAUUACCAUAAAAAUUGCUUUGUCUUUCAGUGUAAACAAAUGGGAAUUGCUGCAUUUGAUGAAACUGUGUGGGAGUUAAAUGUACAAUUUAAGGAAGUCUGGGUAAUGUUACCGGCUACCCAACAAAUUUAACUACCAAAUCUCAUGUCCAAGCUAUAGAGGUUGUCAGGUUUUUAGGUCUAGCGGUUUGAAUUUUUUUUUGCUACGAGAAUUGCAUAAUGUAGGAGGUAUGUGAGUAAAAGAACCACGUGUGAGAUCUACAAAGAAGCUCUGAACUUUAACAAGAUGCAUUUGAAUAGUUCUUUGUGAAUUAUGGUAGUCUCCUGUAAGUAUUGAAAUGUUGGACAGAUGAUUCUGCUAACUAAUUGUGACAAUUUGUUCUAUGGUUCUCCUUUGUAGCUAUUGCUUAAACUGUUUCUGUGCUUAUUAAAUUCAUGAAAUGAAAUUUAGAUUAAAGA